AUGCGGCGAUUUCGGCAUUCAGGAUUGCGGGACCAUAAACCUGCUCAAUUUGCGUACAUCAAUUGCGAUACAAGCUACUUUUUUCCACAUCCUUAUCAGUGUGUAGAAGCCCCCAAAAAGGCUGAGAAAGAAAUGAUAAAAAUUCCCGUCUUUGCCACCUCCUGGAGCUAA